CUCAACCCUUUUAUAUAUAAAUCAAUAAGUACUGAAAAAGUUUCUCUUGUAUAUCAUCAUCAUCAUCAUCAUCUCACUAGCCAUGGAAAAAUCAAAAGUGAAAAUCACUAACAAAACACAUAUCAAACCCAACAAGGAAAUAGGGAGAAAAGAGUGUCAGCUAGUGACAUUUGAUCUGCCAUAUUUGGCAUUUUACUACAACCAAAAGCUCAUGUUCUACAAGGGGAGUGACUUUGAGGGCAUGGUGGCGAAAUUGAAAGACGGGCUUGGUGUCGUUUUGGUUGAUUUCUAUCAGCUGGCGGGGAAGCUUGGGAAGGAUGAGGAAGGUGUGUUUAGGGUGGAAUACGACAAUGAAAUGAAAGGUGUGGAAGUUGUGGAAGCUUUGGCUGAGGAGAUUGGGACUGAGGAUCUGUUGGUGGAGGAAGGUACGGCCACUUUUAAGGACUUGAUUCCUUACAAUGGGAUCUCUAACUUGGAGGGUGCUCACAGACCCUUAUUAGGAGUCCAGUUAACCAAGCUGAAAGACGGGAUCGCGAUCGGGUGCGCUUUAAACCACGCAAUCCUAGAUGGAAGCUCCACGUGGCACUUCAUGAGUUCAUGGGCCGAGAUCUGUAGUGGGUCCGACUCCAUCUCGGUCCCACCCUUCCUCGAGCGCACCAACGCCCGCAACACGCGCGUGAAGCUCGACCUCACCCUACCCCCGGACCCACACGCCUCAUCCAACGGUGAAUCGAAGGACCCACUGCCAUCAUCUAACGGCGACGCCAAGCCCGGUCCACAACUCAGAGAAAAAGUCUUCAAGUUCUCCGAAUCAGCCAUUGACAAGAUCAAGUCUAGAGUCAACCAAUCGAGCGGCUCAAAGCCGUUCUCUACUUUCCAGUCUCUCUCCGCCCACAUCUGGCGCCACGUGACCAUCGCACGUGACCUCAAGCCCGAGGACUACACGGUGUACACCGUCUUCGCCGAUUGCCGAAAACGGGUCGACCCGCGGAUGCCGGAGAGCUACUUCGGAAACCUAAUCCAGGCGAUAUUCACCGUCACCGGAGCCGGAUUACUCCUGGCAAACUCGCCGGAGUUCGGCGCGGCGACGAUCCGGAAGGCGAUCGAAUCGCACGACGCGAAGGCGAUUGAGGAGAGGAACAAGGAGUGGGAGAGCGCGCCGAAGAUAUUCCAGUUUAAGGAUGCCGGAGUGAACUGCGUGGCGGUCGGAAGCUCACCGAGGUUCAAGGUGUACGAGGUUGACUUCGGGUGGGGGAAGCCGGAGGGCGUGAGGAGCGGCGGCAACAACAGGUUCGACGGCAUGGUUUACCUUUACCAGGGGGAGCAAAAAAAAAAGAGCGGCGGCCGGAGCAUCGACGUUGAGAUCACAUUGGAGAAUUUCGCCAUGGAGAGGCUCGAGAAGGACGAUGAGUUUCUUCUCGUCGGUGUCUGAUGGUCGAUCGACUAGGAAGACAAGAAAAGAGAAAAACAAAACAAAACAAAAAAAUGUUUUGUUUGAUGCAAGUGAGGUUUGUGAUUUUGGAAUUUGGUGGUAAUAAGUGGAUGAAAUCACGACAGAGAUUGUAUCUCGCGUUGCAGCAUUUGUUUUUUCUGUGUUUCUAGGUACCAAGAAUUAUUAAUGUUGUUUUUGUGUUUGGAUUCGUUUUAUUUGAUGUUAGUUUUAUUGAUU